GAUUUUCAGUUUUCAAUAUAUCUAACAAUGAAUUCUUGUACAAUUUUAAUCGUCAUUCUGUCUGUUGCUUCGAACAUUCUCGCAAGUGGGUAUUCAUCAAACCCGGCAUCUCUUGCUCCUCCAUAUACUUGUACAACAACAAUUUGCCAACCCGGAGCGUCUGUGGGUUCACCACCCACCAAUGAAAGCUCUUUGAAACGAGGGAGGGAUGGAAAGCGUGGACCGGUAGGGAUUAAAGGAGAAAAGGGUGAUAAAGGUGACCCUUGCCAGUGUAACGUUGCUGAUGAAGAGGAAAUUGCUGAAAUGAGACGAAAAAUGGAAGAGAUGACAACUGAAAAUGAAGAAAUGAGAGAAAUGUUUUCAGAACUUAAGCUUCUUGCGUUUCCUCCACAAUCUUGUUUACAAUUACGGCAAGAAGGCGUGAACGAAUCUGGAAUAUACGGAAUAAAAACUCAGAAUAGAUCUCAAGUAUUUGAGGUAUUUUGCGAUAUGGAAUCAGCAGGCGGAGGCUGGACUUUGGUAGCAAGUAUUCAUGAAAACAAUAUUGAGGGGAAAUGUACUUUGGGUGAUAUGUGGUCCAGUGAACAAAAAAAUCAUACACCGUCUGGAAACUGGGUGAAUUAUAAUACCUUUGGAUCUGCUGGUGCCGCAACAAGUGCAGAUUACAAGAAUGAAGCUUUUUAUAAUUUACAGGCUUCAGAUAUCAUGAUAUGGCAUGUCCCGAAUGAUGUUGACAUACUUGAGGCAUCUCAACGAGCAACAAUUAAAUAUUUCACAAACACAUCGUUUCUGUCUAACUUUGGAGGAAAUUUAGCCACUUUGUUUCGAGAUCAUUAUCCGCUGAAGAACGUUGAUACAACAGUUAGCCUUUAUGGUCAAGUCCACAGCAUGAUAAGUUCACUUAAUUCAGCGGCUCCUCGAAUCCGUAAUGUCGUUCCUGGAUUUUUCAACUACGCUUACGAUAGUGGGGAUCUUCAAAUUGGUGAUGGCGGUAGUGACAUGUACGAUAAUGGAAAUAAGCUUUCCUACCAAAUCGGAAAUCAACCCGCGACCAGCAUCAGAUAUAAUAUAAAUUACAAAAAUUCUACUCCGGGAAUUGACCUCUUCACUGCAACAUCAUAUCCAUUCAACUUAUUAAUGUGGAUUGGUAACGAAAAUAAGGAAGUAUCUUCAUUUUCCUUGAAGGCUGAAGGGGAUGCAGGCGCCGACGGCAGUGGAUCAUACAAUACAAGAAGUGGAACCUUAUCAUCGGGCGAAUACACUUUACUAUAUCAUGCAUUUACCGUAUAUGGCGCCGGCGAUCCUUCAAUCUGUAAAGUUUUCUACUAUAUUGUUAAUACAGAAGAAUGGAAUUCGGAAGUUUCAAGUGUUACUCGGUCACCAUGGAGCUCUGGAACUACUGCACUCAAUCACGGAAUUGUUUUAUCAGGGCAUCCUAAGUCGACAUUGGUUGGAUACACGCUGUUGUCAAAAGCAAGUGGUGCCGAAGUUAUAGAUUCUGAAAUACAAGCUGCAUUUACGAAAAUACUAGAAACUAUUUCUGGAAUUGGUGGUCUUUCUUCAUGUGACCGUAUAAACACAACUCUCACACAACCUGUGCAAUAUCUGAAGGGAAAUGACAGAUUGGUGCUAAACAAUAUUCCAGCAGCUCUAAGAUCUACAUCAACUCCGGGGUUCAUCCAAUUCCGAGCCUACGAUAAAAAAGGGUUUUCUUACCCAUUGUGCCCUGGCGUAAAAACAAAAUCGUGCAACCGCCGUUCGGUCUGCCUGGGUGGUGGUUUGGACACCGAAUCCGAUUCUUGUGGUGAUUUUGGAGAUGAAACACUCGCAAGAUCAUCGAUACUCAUUUUCACCCGAAACUCGGUAUAAAAAUACCAGGACCGGAUAAAGAACCCUAGCUAGAAAUCAAUUUGCAUAUACGGGGGUGUAUAUCACUUAUACAAUCUCUAACUAGUGGAACUUCAACACGACCUGCUGAUUUGUUGUUAUCCUUUUUCAUUUGAAUAUAAUAAAUCAUGUGCAAUUUC